GCACGCGGUCUCUUUUGGGCGGCGCUCGUGUUGGUCUAGGCCUACGUUUUGUCUCAGUCGGCUUCCUUUUUUACCCGACCCUCGGGCGCCGCCAUGGGCUUUGGGGACCUGAAAUCUCCCACGGGGCUCCAGCUCCUCAACACCUACUUAGCGGAUAAGAGCUACAUCGAGGGGUAUGUCCCGUCCCAGGCAGACAUUGCAGUGUUCGAAGCAGUUGGCAUUCCUCCUCCCUCAGAGCUGUACCAUGCCCUGCGAUGGUACAACCACAUUAAGUCUUAUGAGAAACAAAAGGCAAGCUUGCCUGGAGUGAAGAAGGCUUUGGGAAAAUACGGCCCUGCAGAUGUUGAAGACACAACAGGAGCAGGUGGAGAUAGUAAAGAUGAUGAUGACAUUGAUCUCUUUGGCUCCGAUGAAGAGGAGGAAAGUGAAGAAGCAAAACGAUUAAGGGAAGAGCGGCUUGCUCAAUAUGAAUCCAAGAAAGCCAAAAAGCCAGCAAUUGUUGCCAAAUCAUCCCUUUUAUUGGACGUGAAACCAUGGGAUGAUGAGACAGAUAUGGCCAAACUGGAGGAGUGUGUCAGAAGCAUUCAGGCUGACGGCCUGGUUUGGGGAUCUUCCAAACUAGUUCCUGUUGGUUAUGGAAUCAAGAAGCUUCAAAUUCAAUGUGUAGUUGAAGAUGACAAAGUUGGAACUGAUAUGUUGGAAGAGAAGAUCACUGCUUUUGAAGAUUAUGUACAGUCAAUGGAUGUAGCUGCUUUCAACAAAAUUUAAUUCCAAAUAGCAUCAGGAAUAAAAAAUAUUUCAGCACUCAA